GCGGCUGCAGCCCGGCUCCGCGGUGCUCCCAGCCACCGCCUCCUCUCGGCUCCGGGUCUUCCCCUUCCUUUUACAACUGAUCCAGUUGGGGAUUUUUUUUUUUUCUAAAUUCGAGCAGUGGGGAGGAGCAGGGAGGGGGGACCAGGAGGAAGGGGAGAGAUUAGGCAGCCAUCAAUCUCCUCCUGUUUCUCCCAGAACAGGUGAUGCUUCUAAAUUGUGAUCACUUUCUGGAGGCAGCGCUGCCGCUGGAAGGAUGCGAGCGACCUAGGACGGAGGCCCUGAGGCGGCAGAUCUGAACUUGCGGAGGAUAAAUAGCAAACUUUAACUACAUCAGUCCGCACCUCACGCGCGAAGCAAAGGACGGGUUAUCUCUUUUUACACCCCCCCCCCCCACAACGAGAGACUCAAACUUCGGCUCUUGAUCCCUUUUCUUGGAUUGCUUUGGAGGAGACGGUUUGGUGACAGCAUUGGGAACAGUAGGGACAGUGUUGUAACUCGUAUUUUUAAAGCGACAGUAGACCAGACUUUUUAAAUGUUUGGGAUUCAAGAUACUUUAGGAAGAGGACCAGCUCUGAAAGAGAAAUCACUGGGUGCCGAGAUGGAUUCGGUCAGGUCCUGGGUCCGGAAUGUCGGCGUGGUGGACGCCAAUGUCGCGGCGCAGAGCGGAGUUGCCCUGUCCCGGGCCCACUUUGAGAAGCAGCCUCCUUCCAACUUGAGGAAAUCCAACUUCUUUCACUUCGUGCUGGCGCUCUAUGACAGGCAGGGGCAGCCAGUGGAGAUUGAGCGCACAGCCUUUGUUGAUUUUGUGGAGAACGACAAAGAACAAGGCAACGAGAAGACCAACAACGGUACCCACUAUAAGUUACAGCUCCUCUACAGCAAUGGCGUCCGCACCGAGCAGGACCUGUACGUCAGGCUCAUCGACUCGGUCACCAAGCAGCCCAUAGCUUAUGAGGGACAAAAUAAGAAUCCAGAAAUGUGCCGAGUUCUCCUGACGCACGAAGUGAUGUGCAGUCGAUGUUGUGAGAAGAAAAGUUGUGGGAACCGAAACGAGACUCCUUCAGACCCCGUCAUCAUCGACAGAUUCUUUCUAAAAUUUUUCCUCAAGUGCAAUCAGAAUUGUUUGAAAACAGCGGGAAACCCGAGGGACAUGAGAAGGUUUCAGGUUGUGUUGUCAACAACAGUGAACGUGGAUGGACACGUGCUGGCUGUUUCUGACAACAUGUUUGUUCAUAACAACUCUAAGCAUGGCCGGAGAGCAAGAAGGCUGGACCCAUCAGAAGCUACCCCCUGCAUCAAAGCCAUUAGCCCAAGCGAAGGCUGGACCACAGGAGGAGCCAUGGUCAUCAUCAUUGGAGACAACUUCUUUGAUGGCCUCCAAGUGGUGUUUGGGACCAUGCUUGUAUGGAGUGAGCUAAUAACGCCUCACGCCAUCAGAGUGCAGACUCCUCCUCGGCACAUCCCCGGAGUAGUGGAAGUGACAUUAUCUUAUAAGUCCAAACAGUUCUGCAAGGGAGCUCCAGGGAGGUUCAUUUACACAGCAUUAAAUGAACCCACCAUAGACUAUGGCUUUCAGAGACUGCAGAAGGUCAUCCCAAGGCAUCCUGGAGACCCAGAGAGAUUAGCUAAGGAGAUGCUAUUGAAAAGAGCUGCAGACCUAGUGGAGGCCCUCUAUGGCACACCACACAACAACCAGGACAUCAUUCUGAAGCGAGCUGCAGACAUUGCUGAAGCCCUGUACAGCGUCCCCAGGAAUCCCAGCCAGAUUCCAGCUCUCUCCAGCUCCCCAGCUCACAGUGGCAUGAUGGGCAUCAACUCGUAUGGUAGCCAGCUUGGGGUCAGCAUCUCGGAGUCAACACAGGGAAAUAAUCAAGGGUAUAUCCGCAACACAAGCAGCAUCUCUCCGCGAGGCUACUCUUCCAGCUCCACCCCCCAGCAGUCUAACUACAGCACCUCCAGUAACAGCAUGAAUGGCUACAGCAAUGUCCCCAUGGCCAACCUGGGCGUCCCAGGGUCACCAGGAUUUCUAAACGGCUCCCCCACAGGCUCCCCUUAUGGAAUCAUGUCAUCAAGUCCCACUGUUGGAUCUUCUAGCACGUCCUCCAUCCUCCCAUUUUCCUCUUCAGUUUUUCCUGCUGUCAAACAGAAGAGUGCCUUUGCCCCUGUCAUCAGGCCACAAGGCUCCCCUUCACCUGCCUGCUCCAGUGGCAAUGGAAAUGGAUUCAGAGCCAUGACCGGACUUGUCGUGCCCCCAAUGUAAAGAAGAGGAAGAACUGCUUUCUUAUAGCACAAAACUACUUACUCUGAUGGACCAAUAAUGAAGAAAGCACUAGGAGCUCUUUGGGGAGAGUUGUGCCCCAGAAUGAACAUGACGGACAGAUUUGGGUAUGCAAGGAGCUGCAUUUUACCUGGUCUCACGUUUCUCAUCUAGCUCUCAUGGUGGCUACACAAACUGACCCUCUUGGGGACAAGGACAAAAGAUGUCAUUGACGUAGUCAGUGCUAAGAGCAGAAAUGCAAUUCUUUGUUAUGAACAUUAUGAGAACCACCUUCCUAUGUUUGUAAAAUAUUUAAGAAAAAAAUUGGCAAACAAUUCAUGCUUAAUAUUUUGGAUACUAUUUGUUUUUCUUUGUAGGAAAAAAAAAGUUGAAAGUUUCUAUUUUCUAUGAAGCCUUUCAGAUACCAAUUUAGUUUAUGCAGAAAAAAAAAAUUGAACAAAACAGGGUACCAGCAUGGAAGACUUUCUUAAACGAAACCUGAAUUGAAUGAUGAAAUGUUGUUGUAUGUGUGUUUGCUUAUAGUUUAAUCUCUUUAAAAAACAACAAAAAAAAAAACCCACAAAAAAAGGGAAAAAUUUUAAAAUGUUUUACAAUUAUUUAAAUAAAUAAACGUGUAACUUAUUGUAAGUAGAGGUAGAAAUUAAGACCUUUUCGGAAGAGAGAGGAAUUUCUCUUCCUGAUGUAAAAUGAAAAUGAUGCAAACCAGUAGUAACAAGUUUAAAAGGUGUGUGAUUAUUACUGCAGUUACUUACUAGACUUUUAUCCCCCAUCCUGCAUCCCCCUCUUUUUUCCAUCAUUUUAUUGACCCAUGGGCAAGAACAUGUACCUUAUAUAGAUUCCUAUAGAACAGCCCGAUGCAGAAACAGUGAUUCAGUCCAUGCACGUACACAAAUACUCAAACUCAUCAAUUCAUUCCCAGCUCCGUCCACUUUCUAAAUAGUCUACAUGUCCCUUUUGGUAUUCACUCUUUGUGACUUUUAAAAAAAAUUUAUAUUAGCCUUCAGCCUUCUCCUCCGAGCAGUGCAGAGAAUUCCCAUGUUGUAGUGUGUCCCAGGCUUUGCAUCCUGGGUGGAGACAUGUGUCUCACCUAAAAGAAGAGCCAAAGCCGUGUGACUUUCCCAACCGAGUGGCCCCUUUGGAAUUCUCCCUUGACAGAGCCACACGUGCCCUCCUCUUUUGUGACCUGGUUGAGCACAGAGGUGUGAGCCCCACAGAACUUCAGAGACAGGAUUUAAGGAAGAUGAUCCUGUUUCUUGGACUCUUAAGCAUGAAUCUUAGAAUGUCCAUGUCCUUUCUUCUCUCUGCAGAUUUCCCCUCUCCUGGCAUUCAACUCUCUUGAAAAAAAAAUAUGUAUCUUCCUUAACACAGUUUCCAGGCAAGAAUGGGAUGGUGUGUGGAAGAGGAAUGUUAAAAGCCCUAAAACCCUCUCCUAAUGUUCAGAAAGAUGGAAACCUAGAUUCUUAGCAGGGUUAGUGAUUAGGGGCAUCUGUGUUCCAAGCAGCGCAGUGACCCAGGGUUGCAGUGGGCUCUCUAUACUUCUGGAACCAGCUCUUAGGCAGAGAAACGUUGCAGGAGCUGCUAAGAGUGGCUGAGUCUUGAAAGUCUGUGUGAUCCUGAAGGUGUAUCCAGACUUAUUUGGAUUUCCAAUAAGGAUAUGCCAUUUUUUCAUAGUUGGAUAUCCAAUAAGGGCUCUCCUUGUUUACUCAUUGGUACCAUAGUACAGUCCAUAUACAGAUUUCGGUUUGGGGUUCUAACAGUAGAAGUUGUUGCAGGUCUCAUAGAAAAACAUCUUUAGUGCAUCUGAGCCAAUUUUAGAUGACUUCACAAAUCCCACCUUCCUUCUGUUUGUCCCAUUGAUACCUGCCCACGGCUAUCCAGCCCCCAACAGUCUCAUUUGCCUUUUACUCAAUAUGACCCAAAUAUUAUUUCUAUGUACACGAGAAUCCAAGGUUUGGGAAACCUGGCAUGCUUAUAAUUACUGCUGUCAGUCCUUUGUGGUCAGGUCUUAUAGCACCAAAACACAGGAAACACACGAGAGAAAGUUCCCCCAUGAAAAAUCCGAUCAAAGAGGAAGCAUGUGUGGAAUACGAACAUCACCAUCCCAAAGUGAAGGCAGAACAAAACUAAGCAUGUUUAGACCUGGAUUCAAGCCAAUCCAACAUAAGGAAAUGUUUUUUUUAAGUAGCAUUGCUUUUAGAAUCUGUGAAUUUUGCUCUUGCAUGAAGAUGAGUGCAGUACUGUCUUCAAACUGAUUGUAGAAUUUGUUGGUAGCUUUACACCGAAAAAUGUGUGUAACUAAAUACCAGACAUCCUUGACCAUUCAGCUAGAACCUUGGCAGCAACAGAUCUAUUUAAUUGUACAAAUGUGUGUAAGGAUUAUUUUUAGUGUACUAAUAAAUUAAAAACAAAGCUACUCUGUCCUCUUCAGUCUUGCUGUUGAAUCAUUCCAGUCCCAGGUUAUUUUUGUGCCACUUGGAAUACGAGUAUUUCUAUAGGUAACUACAAAUUCUAUCCUAUCUUUGUAAGAGGAGCUGUGUAAGAUUUUCCAUUUAAAGGGACAAUUUACUUCAUUAUUUAUCUCAUUUUUUGUUAUAGCAUCAUAUUUUUUUUCCAGUUUUUCUUUGCACAUCUCAAUAUGCAUGGUUUAAAAACCAUUAUCUUCUCUACCUUUUGUACAGUAAGGUCUCAUUUUCAAACUGUAUAGUUUCUUUUUAUCAUUUUGCUUUGUCAGUUAUAUACAGUAUAAAGUUGCUAUGCACAGAGCUUUUUGUAAAGACAGCUUUUUUGUUUACUGUUUUUAAUGGUCUUACUUAUUAAAGAAUAUCUUGUUUGUAAAAUGAAUAUGUCUACUUCAGUUUUAAACUUUAAAUUAUCCUAACGAAAAAUAAAAUUUUUGUACUGU